CAGCGUUAAAUGCAGGCAGCCCCCCCUUUCCUCUCUCCUAUUUGUAGCAUCUAACUCCAUACAAAUAUAUCAAUAUAUGUAAGCAGGUGUAGCUUGUCUCCUCUCUCAUUUCCUCUCUGUUUUCACCUCUUCUCCUCUUGAAGUUGAUAGGUUUGUUCUUUGGCUUUGAGAUGAUGAUGAGUGGGAGGAACACCUCUAGGUAUCCCUUCACACCCUCUCAGUGGCAGGAGCUGGAGCACCAGGCUCUCAUCUUCAAGUAUAUGGCCUCAGGAAUCCCCAUCCCCUCUGAUCUCAUCCUCCCCAUAAGGAGGAGUUUCCUGCUGGAUUCCACCAUCCCCUCCCCAACUUUGGCCUUCCCUCCCCAGCCUUCAAUGAGCUGGGGCUGGAACCAGAUGGGUUUUGGCAGGAAGGCAGAGGAUCCAGAGCCAGGGAGGUGCAGGAGAACUGAUGGGAAGAAGUGGAGGUGUUCCAAAGAGGCCUACCCAGACUCCAAAUACUGUGAGAGGCACAUGCACAGAGGCAAGAACCGUUCAAGAAAGCCUGUGGAAAUGUCUUUGGCCACCAGCCUCCCCUCUUCCACCUCUUCUUCCACCCCUUCCACCUCCCACACCCCCUCCCUCCACCCACCUCCUCUCUCCAUCUCCACUCCAGACUCUCACCAGCUUCUGUAUCCCUCCCACCCCUCUUCUAGGAUACCUGGUGUUGGCCUCAACACUCCCCACUUCAAUCUACAUGCUCCAUCCUACACCCAAGCUGACAAGAACUACAGGUAUUGUCAUGGAAUGAAGGAUGUGGAUGAGUACUGCUUCUUUUCAGAGGCCUCAGGAAGUGAGAAGGAGAGCUCAUGGCAGUUCAGGCCACUAGGGAUGAGUUCACUAGGAGAUACCAAACAGGGGAGUUCUGCUCUGCAGCAGAGCACCUACUCUCACUGUGGAAGGGAUGCAGAGGAGAAGCAGCAGCACUGCUUUGUUCUGGGGGCUGAUUUCAAGCUGGAGAGGCCUGUGAAGGUGGAGAGGGAGCAGGAGGAGGGCCAGAGGCCUCUGCGCCACUUCUUCGAUGAGUGGCCGCAGAGGAGCAGAGACUCAUGGGUGGAUUUGGAACAGGAGAACUCCAACCAGGCAUCUACCUACUCCAAGACCCAACUCUCAAUCUCCAUCCCCAUGUCUCAUCACGACUUCCCGGUCACCGGUUCCCGAUAUCGCAAUGAUGACUGAGUUCUGAAAGGCUUUCUGUGCGAGCUGGGACCAAAGAACUCAUCAAAGCUCCAUGGUAUCUUGUCAGACAGAAGCUGUUUUCCAAUGGGCUUCAAUGCCCUCCUUGUGUAUUACCCAUUGUUUGUUCUUUUUCUUUGUUGACUGUGUCAGGAAGAACUUUCACAUUCCUCAUUUUGUUUCCUCUGGCUUUGUCUGUUCCAAUGGCUGAGGAGAAGUCUUUAGGAAUGAGGAGAUCGUUUCGUCUAUAAUUGUCUAUCAUGUCAUCAUCUAUUAUCUCUAUCAUCUAUCUGUAACCAGUCUU